GAUCGUUUUUAAAAUGUAACGCUUUCGCAGAGCCUUGCCACUCCGCAGCGGUUAUUGGAGCAUUUAUUGUCUAUGUAUUACAUGGUCACAUUGGCGAUUGUUGUGAUGUAUCGAUACAACAACAACAUCCCCAGCUUUCUAUCUACGUCGUUUGUUGCAGCAAAUAAAUAAGUUUUAAUUAUUUGUGCACCUCUAAAAUGUACGAAUUGUGGCUAAUGCCGUGAUCAACUGCAGUGCAGUGCCUCCUAUGAUCGGCACAAAUGUAAAUUCGGUCGUUCGGGCAGUAUAAAAGGACUAAAGUGUCCACAAAACGCCAAACGAAAAAAUCUUAAGAAUCGAAUUCGAACAAUUCAAACACACACACGUAGUGCCGCACCGUUCACACACCGCUGUGCAGUACAGUACCGCAGUGCGUGCGAGCGAAACAACCGGUGUCUUCUCAGAUAACAUACAUUUGUGUACCUACCUCUCUUCCAAGUGAAGAGUGAGUGGAGUGAUGAGCGAAUCUCUGUCUUCUCAAGUGGAGGAGACCAAGGUGUCCGAUGAAGAUGGCGUAAAAGAGAAAGCUGAAGUAUCUACUGUUAAAGGUACGGCGGGAUCGGCCAUGGAAGUACAAACAGAAGAUAUUGGUGGACAACAGCAAAUGCAGAGUGACCCGGGGGAUAAGGAUAAGUCAGCCACGGUGGAUAUAAACACUCUCACUCCCUCCACGCCCUCGCAAACACCCCCACAAUUGCUGGCCGCCGAAACUGCCACAUCGGGAACCACGGCAGUCAUACCGGAAAACAUCUUGUCGCCGCCCAAAUCAGAAACCCAAACGGAUGAAACCAACACGGCAACAUCAACGUCCUGCUCCCCGGCCUCCGAGGGUCAGCGAUCCCCUGCGGCAGAGCAACAGUCAACGGCACCUCAACCGCCACAGGAGCAGGCACAACCCAUAGCGGCGGUCAAUGGCUCCAUACCAAAGUCGGGAAAGCCUCUUUCUACAACGCUUAGCGGCAAAAAGCCGAGUAAAGCAGCCACUACAUCCCCUCGCGCCUCCAGAUCCCGCAAACCCAAGACGUUACCCAUGUACGAAAGCGAAAUUAGCGACAAUAAAAUGGGUAUCAAGCUGUGCAUCAAGAAAUCCGAUGCCGGAGAUGGCGCACCUGCUGGUGCCACAUCUCCGCCUGUUGCAGUUCCCGCAGUCUCAAAACCGGUGCGCAAGCGCGUCCGCAAACCAAAGCAACAGGACAGCGAUGAGGCGGAAUAUGAGCCGCGAAAGAAAAAAGGUGGAGGAAGCGGUGGAGAAAAGAAGGUUUCAACGUGUUCGGAUGCCGAUGCGGCUGCCGAGCCUAUCGGGCAGAGUGUCUGGGCCCAAAAGUUGCCAGAGGAAGUUCUCUUUAGGAUCUUUGAGCACGCUGUGGACACUCAGGGUUGUUUGCCCACCCUGUUUCGCCUCGGCAGAGUAUGCUCACUAUGGCGACAGGUUUCCCUAAGGCCCACACUAUGGCGCACCAUGGAUCUUACCACAUGGGUGAAAGAGAAGUAUCGCACUGAACUGAAGCUCAAGUGGUUUGUGGACAACCGCUGCAGUGCCUGUACAGAGCUGAAUGUUUCCAAUUGGAAAAUUGCAGACAUAAAUUGCUUCCUUUCCAAGUUGUCCAGCGGUUGUCCGAAUCUUGCUGGCAUUACAUUGUCUGGCUGGAAAGGUUUCACAUCGGAUCAUCUGACGUAUUUGGUGGAUAACAUGCACAAGUUGCAGCGCUUAGACUUAAGUUCCAUCAAUGUUGAGAUGAAUGCCAGCAAGAGCGCUGUGGGUGUCAACUCCCUGUGCAAUGCAUUACAGACAAUGGGCAGUCGUCUUACGCAUCUCUACUUGGCGCACAAUCGUCUGGCGGGAAUACCGCAAAUUGUCGGAAUUCUUUCGACGCACUGUCCGAAUCUAACGUUAUUGGAUCUCUCGAACGUGACCACUCAGGCCACAUCUCACGGUGUACUCCACAUUGAGAAAUUGCAGCGUGGCUGCCAAAAGCUAAAAGUCUUGCGGGUGACAAACUCCCACAUAACGCCGAGCACGGCAUCAAUGCAGGAAAUUAUGGACUCUCCCGGCUUUCCAGAUCUGGAAGAACUGUCUGUGGCUGCCUUAACAGAUGAAUCGCGCAUCAUUAGCGACGAUCACCUGCAACGCAUCCUGAAGAGCAGUUCCAAGCUGAAGCUACUUGACGUGCGUAACUGCACACGUCUAACACACGAGAGCCUUAUCCGCCUACCAGCAUGGGAUAUCAAGCAUUUAUUCCUGUCAGGUUGUUCAGUUACCCGGGAUAUGGGAUCUGGACUGGAACUUAUUGCAUCCAAAUGGGCGCACAGUCUCAUAGAACUAGAUUUAGCUUGGGCAAAUAUGCAACAGCCCAUAGAUAAUGCCCUUCGUGCCCUCGCUGAAAAGGGCAGGGAGUCCCCCAUGGCUCAUUUAAAUUUGUGCGGCUCGUCCGUUUCCGAUGAGGCGGUGAAGGAAAUACUGACGAAUUGUCGAAAGAUGAGCUCCAUAAACCUGGCAUCGUGCCGUGGGCUACCGCGUGGUGUCAAACGUCUGAUGCAAGGACCACAGGAGCUGGGUGAACUGCGAGAAGUUCUGGGGGUGCAGCUGAAGAACAGCAGUGGGAGCAACUAAUCCAGUCAGUGGGCGAGUCCACACAUCGGUUUUAUUGUUGAUCAGGCGGGCCAAGUUUAAAUGUAAUUUAAAUUGUUGCAUCCCUCUUUGCGCUAAAGGCCUUAAGCGCUUUGUUGAUUUUGUAAUGUAGUCCGCAAACAUAUUGCAAUAUUUGCAUAUUUGCAAUCGCUUGCAUCUUCCAAUAAUGCUUAUCUUGUUUAUAGGCCCUAGAGUGUAAUUAUUAUUGUACUAGAUUAGUAUUCUCUGCACAGCGGCAGCAGCGAGUCCCUCCCCUUUUCUGGAGGUUCCCGCAUUAUAUGCAGAGCAACCUUUUGUAAAUGCAAUAUGUAUUCAUAAUUUAGUUGAUUCGAAUUUUUUGCAGCGCGAAAAUCAUUAUUUUUCGAGGACAACGUUUGCAACGAUUUUCAAUGAUUUUUUUUAAUAUAUAUGAUAUACAUAUAUAUAUAUAUAUUUACUGAUUAAUUGUUAGUUAAGUCCGACCAUUGAGCGUUUGUAAAGUAUGUAUACAAGAAUUUAAAAUAAGUUUAAAGUGUAUGAUUCGCAAUACAAAAACCAUAUAUUUACGGUAAAGUAGUCGUCAAUUCGAAGUCGCUAAGGCAAUUUGUAGAAUGUUUUAACCCGAUAGAAAUGUACAUAUUGGCGUUAGAGAAACUUUCCGAAUGGAUGUUUUUAUAAACAAAAUAACCAUUAAUAAAGGUAAAGCAUAUACCACACAUACAUAACAUAAAUUAAAACAAUUCAAUUGUUAAGCAUUAUUAGCAGUUAAGAGACGGCAAUUAAAGGUACAUUUAAUUUAAAAUAAACGCAAACAUUUUCAAUCUA